AUCUUCAUUCACACUCUACUCUCUACUCUUCUUGUUCAAUUUCUUGUUCGGUUUUUCUUCCACACAAUCAAUCUUUCACAUUUGAACCUUCCAUGGAGCCUCCACUCCUACCGAAGAAGCCCCUUUCCGAUAAAGUUCCGAACUUUGAUGCCCACAAACAAGAAGGUGACUCUGCUCACCACCACCCGGCAAGCGCGGUUGCCGAGGACCAGGUCGAUGAAGGCGUGGAAGGUGUGAAUGUGGAUGAAAAGGAGCAGCUUUUGAAGAGUGGUGAUAAUGGGCUUGAAGGUUCCUCUUGCGUUCAAGAAGUUAGUGUUGUUAAAAAGAAGCGCGGAAGAAAGUCUAAAAAGGACAUGCUGGAGGCCUUGGAGAUCGCGAGGAAGAAGAAAGGUGAUGAUGAUUCUGCUGCUAUGACUGUGAAAAUGCGUGAAAGAACAAGUGUUCCAAGUUAUGCUGAGGAUGUCAAAGAAGAAUAUGAUGAUGAUGACGAGGGUCUUGGUGAGAAGAAGAGACGUGGCAGAAAACCGAAGAACCAGAAGAAGGAAGAACGCCCUAGUAAUGAAAAUGAGUCAAAACCUGAUAUAGAUAAUGAAGGGGAAGAUGCAAAUGGCGAUGUUCUGGAGAAGAAAACUGGAAGGAAAAGAAAGAACAUGGAUGGUGAGCAAAAGUGUGAAAAUACAAAGAUGGAAAAUGAGGAGUUGGGGUCUCAUUCCAAUGCUCAAAUUGAUGCUGAGACGACUUCAGAUUCCUUGGAAAAAAGUGAGAAUCAGCGUAGUUACGGUUUAAGGCAGAAUCGUGCGGUCAAAAUGCAACAAGAGGAGCCAAAAGUCAGGAGAGACCAAAAAUUCGUUGAAGAGGAGAGCUUAAUGUGCCAUCAAUGUCAGAGGAAUGAUAAAGGUGAUGUAGUGAGGUGCACUAAUUGCAAGACGAAAAGAUAUUGCAUGCCCUGUAUAGGCAAUUGGUAUCCCAAUAUGAAGCCAGAUGAAUUUACUCUCUGUCCUGUAUGCCGAGGCAAUUGUAAUUGCAAAGCAUGUUUGCGAUCUACUGAUCUUAUUAAGGAAAUGAAGAAGAGGAAAAAUACCAACAACCAUAUACCAGUUGAUUUCUCUUUGUAUUUGCUAAAAGGUGUUCUUCCAUAUAUAAAACAGUUGGAUAAAGAACAAACAGCUGAGAAAGAGUUCGAAGCUAAAAGACAAGGGCUUUCACCCUUGGAGCUAAAAAUUGAAAAGGCAGAUUUUCAACCAAAAGAACGUGUCUACUGUGACAACUGCAAAACGUCAAUAUUUGAUUACCACAGAAGCUGUGAAACGUGCUCUUUUGACCUGUGUCUCAGCUGUUGCCAUGAACUUCGUAAUGGGAAGCUUUUAGGUGGUCCAGAUCCAAUUGGGUUCGGGUUUGUCAACCGGGGAAUCGGAUAUCUGCAUGGUGAACCAAAACCAGAAGUAAGGGGAAAAUCCAAUGGAUCACAGGUUCAGACUCAGGAAUCACAGGCUAUUCCUGAACCACGUGGGUGGUCAAGGGAUGGGUGGCAUGCAGAGAGUGAUGGCAGCAUACCCUGCCCAAAAGUCACUGAGAAGUGCUGCGGCAGAUUUCUGGAGCUGAGAAGUGUAUUUGGUCCAAAUUUUAUCUCCGAGUUAGUACACAAAGCAGAUGAGCUAGCAGAAGCAUAUAAGCUUGACAAUUCAGUUGAGAUUCCUGAUAGCUGGUGCUCAUGUUCGACGUUGAGAAACACUGUUGAUAAAAAUACAAGGAAGGCAGCUUCCCGUGAAGAUUCCAGUGACAACUUUUUAUACUGCCCGUCAGCUUUAGAUCUACAACAGCAUGAUGAUGUAAAACAUUUUCAAUGGCACUGGAGCAAAGGGGAGCCUGUGAUUGUCAGCAAUGUGCUCGAUUGUUCAUCGGGUUUGAGCUGGGAACCACUUGUCAUGUGGCGUGCAUGUCGUCAGAUAACUAACACCAAGCAUGGUAUACAUUUGGAUGUUAAGGCACUUGAUUGCUUAGAUUGGUGCGAGGGAGAUAUUAAUAUCCACCAAUUCUUUACUGGGUAUUCAAAAGGACGUAAAGAUUGGCUUAACUGGCCUCAGAUACUGAAAUUAAAAGAUUGGCCACCUUCUAAUUUAUUUGAGGAACGUUUACCACGUCACUGUGCUGAGUUUAUAUCAUCCUUGCCCUACAAGGAUUAUACGGAUCCUCUUAUUGGUGCUCUUAAUCUUGCUGUGAAGUUGCCGAAGGAAAGUAUAAAGCCAGACAUGGGGCCGAAGACAUAUAUCGCUUAUGGAUUUCCGGAAGAGCUUGGGCGUGGGGAUUCGGUGACUAAGCUCCACUGCGAUAUGUCUGAUGCAGUAAAUGUGCUAACUCACAUUGCUGAAGUGGAAUUGGAUUCUGACACACGUGAAGCGAUUGAGACAUACAAAGCAAAGCACCUAAAGCAGGACCAGAGGGAAUUGUAUGGAGUUCAUGAGGGAGAAACUACUGAUGACAUGCAUAAUGAUUCAUGUUCAGCCAUAAAUGCUUCUGACAAGCAAAAUGGCUCUAAAGUUGUGGAAAAUGAAAGUGGACUAUGUGACAUGAAAGUGGAUGAACAGUUUCAUCAAGCUUCUGGUAAUGAGAGUGCAGCUGUAAAUAUGGAUGGUCUUUGCCGUGGGUCAGAGUUGAAAGAGGCUGAAAAAGCGCAAGAACAAGAAAAAAGUACGUCAGAUGCCUCUGAUGGUGCUCUCUGGGAUAUUUUUCGAAGAGAGGAUAUUCCUAAAUUGCAGGAAUAUCUGAAAAAUCAUUUUGGAGAGUUUAGACAUGUGUAUUGCAGUCCUUUGACACAGAUCAUUCACCCCAUCCAUGAUCAGACCAUGUAUUUGACUGAGUAUCAUAAGAGGAAGCUUAAGGAGGAGUAUGGAAUUGAGCCCUGGACUUUCGUUCAGAGGUUAGGAGAAGCUGUUUUCAUUCCAGCAGGUUGUCCUCACCAAGUCAGAAAUCUGAAGUCAUGCAUCAAGGUUGCCCUUGAUUUUGUAUCUCCUGAAAAUCUUGGUGAGUGCUUCCGAUUGACAGAGGAAUUCCGCACACUCCCAAUAAAUCACAGGUCUUCUGAGGACAAGUUGGAGGUGAAGAAAAUUACAGUACACACAAUGAAAAAUGUGGUUAAAAAUUUGGAGGAAGCACGGUCUGGGAAAAGAGAGGUUCAGGAUGUAAGUAAAUACAACCGCAAGAGAAUGAAGUCAAAAAAGAUGAUUUGGUAGAGUCAAUGGCCUACUUGGCUGUGAUGAAUCUUGUGUUCCAUAAUUAGUAUAUAGUAUCACUGCUCAUGAAUGUUUGGACUGUGUUUAGUGUUUAGGGGCAUAUGCUGAUAUGAGCAUUGUACUUUUAAAACUUGAUUAGUGCAUUAUAUUUCUCUCCCCAUUACUAUA